GCUUCCUUCACCUUCCCCCUCCAUCAUACCCCUAGACAAAAAGGUAUCUCAAUAACCUUCUCGCCAGGAAAUUCCUGUCCUCCAUUCAAGUCACCUAGCAUGCCUCUCGCCCGCGCAACCAUCAACAACACCAUCCUCGCGGAAUCCCCCACCUGGGAGACCGUCGAGGGCAACAUCUAUUUCCCUCCCUCGGCAAUCUUGAACGAGUCGCUCUUCGUGCCGACCGAUCUAUCGACCUAUUGUCCGUGGAAGGGGAAUGCGUCGUAUUAUUCCAUCGUUCUUGGGGAUAAGACGGUCGCGAACGCGGCGUGGUAUUAUGCCACCCCGUUUGAGGCGGCAGCCAAUAUCAAGGAUCAUGUGGCUUUCUAUACUGAUAAGGUUGAAGUCAAGGUGGAGUGAGCUUUUCGGAAGGUCGUACGUUAGCUGAAUAACAUGAAGGCUAUACCUUGUGUA